UUCGGGGGCAGUGGAACUCGGGCGCGAGCAGGAGAGCGCGUCGCUGAUUGGAUAACAGAGCUGUAUAAAUUGCCGCAGUGCCGUAUUUCUCUCUUUAGUGGUGAUUUAGUCCAAACCCCAAUGCGGUCUGAACAAACUGCCCAGGGCCGUCAUACGAGAGAGCCAUCGCGCACAGGACCGUCUUAUUUACAAUGAAGGAGAGAAGAAUCAGUCAGCCUUUGGUAAUGCGUUGUAAACUGGUUUUAGUGGGAGACGUGCAGUGCGGGAAAACUGCAAUGUUGCAAGUCUUGGCCAAAGACUGUUAUCCUGAGACUUACGUCCCAACAGUGUUUGAGAACUACACAGCUGGACUGGAUUUAGAGGAGCAGCGCGUGGAGCUCAGUUUAUGGGACACGUCAGGUUCACCAUAUUAUGAUAAUGUCAGGCCUCUCUGCUACAGUGAUGCAGAUGCGGUUCUGCUCUGCUUCGAUAUAAGUCGCCCUGACACCGUCGAAAGCUCUCUGAAAAAGUGGAAAGCCGAAAUCAUGGAUUUCUGCCCCAGUACUCGAAUAAUCCUAGUCGGCUGCAAGACAGACCUGCGAACAGAUGUUUGCACACUGAUGGAGCUGUCCAAUCAGAGACUGACACCCAUCUCCCAUGAGCAGGGCACCCUGUUGGCGAAACAGGUAGGAGCGGAGGCGUACCUGGAGUGCUCUGCGUUCACAUCAGAGAAGAGCAUCCACAGCGUGUUCCGCUCAGCGGCGCUCACGUGCCUCAACAAACCGCAGCCCCCCAUAAAGCAAAGUCCCACCCGCCGGCUCUCCAAACGCCUCCUUCACCUGCCCAGCAAGGCAGAGCUCCUGACCUCCUCCUUCAGCAAGGAGAGAACCAAGAGCUGUUCCAUCAUGUGAGCCCCACACGCACCGCCCCAGCUCCAGAAAAACAAACGCAUUUUUGCUCUUCGUGAGGGUUGGGUGGAGGGGUUUGAGAGAAGGGGAGGUCAUGACCUUUCAUGACCCCUCCCUCUCUCUACACUUACGUUGCUCUUCUUCCAUUCUGACACCCCACCUGCAAACACACUCCUCCUUACGACAAAGAGCUGCUGCCAUUGUUCAAGGUUUUUGCCUGUUACACAUCCUAAUGCUAAAGUAUCGAUUGAUUUCCCUUUACAUGAACUGCAUUUUGUAUUAACGAUCAAUCAAUCAGACGAAGAAGGAAAAGCAGAAUAUUUUGCACACUGUUGAAUAUUUUUGCGGGCAGUCAUAUCUGCUUACAUGUAUAGAAUGCGGAUUGAGCUGUGACCGAUUUCAUAUUUAGAGGGAAGAGGAUGAGUUUCUGUUCCACAGUACGCACUUUAGUGAAUAUGGAUGUGAUUGUUGAUUGGAAAGUGAGAGGAUGAUUUAAAACAGGUUGGCAUUAGUUGCUGUUUCAAAACAGAAUUAUGCAUUGCUUGUACUUGCUGAAGUCUCUGGCACUGAUAGAAUCAAAAUAUCACGCUAUCCUGAUUGAAGUCACGCAAACGUGGGAGGAGCCAAACAAGAUUUUAUGUCCCCCUGAAUAAGGCGGACAGCGUUAUAAAUCUGCUAGUUGAAGCAUCCAAUCACAUUUGUACAAUCCAGAUGUAUUGGAAAUGCUGACACACUCUUUCACUCUCUCUCAUCCCUAAUGUGGUCCAUCUGAUUGAUUUCUGCCCCUAUAGAAUGGGUCAUAAUAAAUCUCAGUCAAUGAGGAGAAACCAAGCAUUGCCCAGGCCAUUUCUAUGUAUAGAGCAGGAGUUAUUUCCACAAAGAUCCCUUCCAGAUGUUUCAGGCAUUCUUUUCUUGAAAACAAAAUCUUUCGCUGAAAUAAUUUUAGAGAUGGACUGGGAGGGUCAUGGGGGAUUACUAAGGGACUUUGCUGUCCAUGAAAACUCAUCAAAUGUUGCAUAACAAGAAGACAAUUUGAACGCGCCAGUUAACUUUUCUUCUUAAGUAAUCCUAAAAUUGCCCCAACACCUAAUUCUCAAUAAUAGGCCUAUAAAGAGUUAUGAGGUGAAGCUACUGGUUAUUCUCUGGGUUGGGCAGUAGAUUGCAUUGUAAUUUCAGUGAUUCUGAUGUAUUCCGUUGGAUCACUGUCACAGAGGACUCUCCUUUCAUUUUGUAACCUCAUUCUGGUAAUCUCUGACUUAAAUCCCACAACCCCUGGUUGUGUAAUGCUUAAUCGUAAAACAACUAAAUCCUCACUUUGGGGCUUAUAAAUGGCCAAAUAGUAAUGAACUGAUAAGUCAGACAAGACAGCAUUACGAAAAAUUUAACCUCAGAAUCAGUAGUAGUUCAUCAAAUGUAAAAUGAUCAAAUAAACGGUUUAAGGGAAUAACAUAGACUACCGUUUAAAAAUGUGGGGUCAGUAAAGCCAAGUAUGUCACUUCUCAGACAUUCCAAAACCAAACAAACAUUAAACACGUUCAGACCAAUGCCGACAGAACCCGACUGUCAGCAUCAGUGUGAAAUAACCUUAAGAGUUGUUUUUUUAAAUAAAUCAAUAUUUUUAUUCACCAAGGAUGCAUUCAAUUGAUCAAAAAUUACAGUUAAGACAGUAUAUUUACAUUUCAAAUAAAUGCUGUUUCUUUGAAUUUUAUAAUCAUAAAAGAAUCCUGGAAACCCAUAUCAUAGUUUCAGCAUUGAUAAUAACAAUAAAUGUUUCUAAAGCAUCAAAUCAGCACAUUAGGAUCAUGAGACACUAAAGAUUUGAUUUUUAAUUGUAAUAAUAUUUUUGAUCAAAUAAACGCAACCUUGGUGACCAUAACAAGAGACCCAAAUUUUACAGAACCCAAACUUGUGAACGGUUGUGUAUGUUUGAUGACUUAGUUUUCCUCAUUCAUUGAACUUAGCUGAUUUUCUUGGCAGUUUGUCUAGUUAUUAUUGCCUGAAACAUUUUGUGAUCUCUUGAAAAUCUAAAUAUUGCAUCUAAAUUACACGUCACAUUUUGUUUCGCGAGUCUAAUAGGUCAUUAAGCAGAAAUUUUGUCUCAAAAAAUACGUUUUUAAAUGACUUAAAUGACUCAUUUUAAUUAAUGUCAACCCAAAAUGUUGUGAAAACUCAGUCUCUAUCUAAAGUAUGAUUGAAAAUACUGUACAUAAAAAAUGGUCUUGCCUUAACUGCACCUCAGAACUACAUUAAUAUAUGAUUCUCAUCUGAAAGGAACUUUAGGAGUCAAACAGUGACCUGCAUCACUUCAUGCUACAUACCGAUCGCCGUUGCUUAGGAACAGACAAGUCAGAUAAGCUGGACUACAUGUCGGAAAAACCACCCAAGAGAAGUUGAGAGAGAGAGAAAGCGGGUGGUGACAAAGGAAAAAUAAGGGCAAGUUUUCUCACUGUAGCAUAACAAAUGGCUUUUUCUUGGCUAAAGUUUAUGAGUCAGUCAACAUACAAACCAUCAUCUUGAUAUGAAUUUGUUACUGUUGUCCGGUUUAGUAGCACUCUUAUGUGUUAUAUGUUUGAAGUGGUGAAACUCCACAAUCUUCCUUUUUGUUACUUAAGUCUCUGGACGUUGUGCAUAAUCAGUUUUGUACAGCCCAUUAAAUGAUGUCUGUGAAGCAAACAAUUUCAAAACAGACAUGAUUGUGUGUGCUAUGUAAUGUGUGUAACUUAUUAAUGGUUGAUUAUUGCUGGUUCUGAUUUAUUCUUUAGUUUCAGACAAUCUGUUUUAUAUUGAAUAUGUUUAUUGGUUAUUUUCCCUUGUCUUUGGUGUCAUGUGUCACUCUUAAAUGAAUUAAAACCUGGAUUUGUUCAGUAA